AUGAGACCGUGGUCAUUUUCUGCCAGUUUGAUGCCCGUAUUAUUAGGUAGUGCUUUAGCAUAUCCACAUAUAUAUGAUAUAUCUAUAAUUUUAUUAAUCUUAACUGGCUUAUCAGCAUUAUGUGUUCAUGCAGCAGGUAAUUUAUUUAAUACCUAUUAUGAUUUUAAAUAUGGUGUCGAUGAGAAAAUAGCAAAAGAAAUUGAUAUCAGCGUUGAUGACGAUCGUACAUUAACCGAAGGAUUAUUAAAACCAGAUGAUGUUAUACAGUUAGGUUUAGUGUUAUAUGGCAUAGGAACAUUUAUAUUCUUGAUAUUAACUUACUUCUCACCAGCACGCGAACCGUAUUUGGGUAUAAUUUUUUUUGGAGCGUUACCUUUGUCAUUCUUGUAUACUGGUGGAAUUGGUUUUAAAUACAUAGCAAUGGGUGAUAUUCUAAUUUUAUUAACAUUUGGUCCGAUAACUGUAUUAUAUUCAUUUAUUUCUCAAAGUGGUUAUUACAAUCCUUAUCCUGUGUUAUAUGCAUUACCGCUUACACUAAAUACAGAAGCAAUUUUACAUUCAAACAAUACACGUGAUAUGUUACACGAUCACGCUGUUGGCAUUUUGACAUUAUCCAUAUUGAUUGGUAAAAAAUUAUCCUAUUAUUUUUAUUGUUUACUCAUUUAUUUACCUUAUCUAAUGAUUAUAUUUAUAAUGUUUAAAAUUUCUUGGUUAUGUUUUCUACCUUUAUUGACACUUGGUCAUGCACGACAGUUGUGUAAAGAAUUUCGGACAAAUCAGCUGAUCAAAUUACCAAAUCGUACGGCACAAUUAAAUUUUCAAUUAGGUUCAUUGUAUAUAUUGUCGAUUGUUUUGACCAAUACAAUUACAACUAAACAGCAAUUUUUAUAA